AUGGCAAAGUGCAAAGCCCGCUGCAAGAUAUUAAGAACCUCACCCAAUCUUGCAUGCAACGAGGGAGAAAUAAUCAAUAAUCUAAAUACUCCUGCUCCUUCUGCCGUCGGUUUUGCAAGUCGAGUGGGUAUUGAGCUUACCAUAAAGGGAGACGUUACAGCUCUCGUAUACUUUUCCUUAUGGAUUCCUUCCUUAGCAGACUCGGGAGAGCAUCUGCGCGCCAUCGCCUUUCUGCGCUGUCACGUCUCUGUUCCUUCUGCAGGAGUGUGGCGUCGCGUGGAGGCCGUGUCGGGUCGCGAGGCGGUUCUGCCGUGCGAGGUCGGCGCCGUCGAGAACUCGGACAUGCUGUACGUCGUCCUCUGGUACCGCAACGGCGAGAAGGAGCCGAUUUACAGCUACGACAACAGACCCGGCCGCCUGCAGGUGUCCGAGGACCGCCACCUGAUCAAGAGCGAGCUGCUGGAGGGCCGCGUGAGUUUCCGGACGGGGCUGGUGCCGGCGCUGCACAUCAAGCCCGUGGUGAGGCGCGACGAGGCCAACUACACCUGCAGGAUCGACUUCAGGAUAGCGUCGUCCCGGCGGACCCACCUGAGCCUGCACGUGGUGGAGCUCCCCGGGCAGCCCGUGCUGAGGGUGGUCGGCCAGGGCACCACCGACGGGGUGCUGGGCCCGCUGCAGGAGGGGCUGGGCCCGCUGCAGGAGGGGACCGCCCUGGCCAUCACCUGCAGCGUCUCCGGAGGCGUCCCUCCGCCCAAGGUCGUCUGGAAGCGCCAGGAAAAGAUCCUGGACCCGACGGUGGAAUCUCGCUCGCCGACGCUCACGGUCAACCAGCUGAACAUCGCCCGCCUCACCCGCGCCUUCCACAACGUCCGCCUCACGUGCGUCGCGUCCAACAACAACGUCACCGCCCCCGUCGAAGCCUCCAUCACGGUCACCAUGAACCUGCGCCCCCUCGUGACCCGACUGGAAGCGCCGCCGAAGGGCCUGAGGGUCGGCAGGGAAUACGAAAUCUCGUGCAUCUCGGCCGGAUCCCGCCCGCACCCCAACAUCACGUGGACGCUCGGAAACGUAGCCUCGCUCACGCCCAUCACCGCUAAUACGGAGCACGGCGUAAACAUGAGCACCUCCCGAGUGCGCGUGAGAGCCUCCCGACGGCAUCACGGCCAGCGCCUCACCUGCACCUCCCUCAACCCGCUGUUCCCCGCCUACCCCCUGAGCGACUCCAUCCUGCUUAACGUCACUUAUCCUCCCGUGGCCACGAUAGAGCUGGGCCGAGGCGUGUCGUCCGUGGUGGAGGAGGGCGAGGACAUCUACUUCAACUGCAACGUCGACUCCAACCCUCCGACUUACAAGAUCUCGUGGUACCACAAGGAUCGGCCCCUUCUCCACGCCCCCGACCGCAGGUUGGUCCUCAGCGGGAACAGCCUGGCGUUACGAAAUGUGACGCGGCACCAGGCAGGCCCCUACAAGUGCGCCGCCUCCAACGUCGAAGGGGACGCGGAGAGCCGCCCGCUCAACCUCACCGUUAAUUACUCCCCCGUGUGCUCCGACGACUCCAGCCCCUCCAAGGUGUACGCCACGGGACUCGGCCAGGGCAUCAACGUGACUUGUACCGUCAAGGCCUCCCCGAACGCGGCCGAGUACGCGUGGGUGUUCAACAAUUCCGUCACGUCGGACAGGAUAUCUGGGGAUCGGGUCUUUAAAACGCCAGAGGGCGGCAGCAUGGUGAGAUUCAUCGCCAAGGUCCACCAGGACUACGGGACGCUCCAGUGCUGGGCCCAGAACAGCGUCGGCCGCAUGACGCAGCCCUGCCUCUUCCACGUCGUCCCCGCCGGGCGCCCGGACCAGCCCAUGGGGUGCUCGGUGGUGAACAAGACUUACGACUCCCUCGCCGUGGGAUGCACGCCGGGCUUCGACGGCGGCCUCGAGCAGACCUUCCUCGCUAAGGUGUUCGAGGCCGUGACAGGUCGUAGCCAGGUCAACGUGUCCUCGCGCUGGCCCAACUUCACGCUGGAGGGCCUGACGCCCGGCCUGGACUACAUCAUCCAGGUCAUGGCCAGGAACGCCCUCGGGAAUUCCGACCCCGUCAGACUGGAGGCCUUCACCUACAAGAUGGCGGAGAACAGAAUGACCUCCUCCUUGUCCUUCCCAGGAGACGAGCAGGUGGAGGAGGAGCCCGGGGAGGAAGGGCCGGCAGCAGGAGUGCUGCUGGGAAGCCUGGUGGUGGUCGCCGUGCUGGUCCUGGUGCUGGCGCUGCUGGUGCGCUGCCUGUGGGCGCGGCGCGGCCAGGAGGGACAUAGAGGCCGCGGGAAGAGCAGAGGCUACGCGCCGCCCGAGAAGCCCGGCGGGGGCCUCUCCGGAUCUCUGCACAGUGCACUGUGUAAACUCGGUCGGCGAAUUCCAGAGGCGCUGUCACAUCCUAUCCAUGUACACUGA